AUGCCAUACACGAAACAAGCAGUCAGGACGGACACGGCGCCCCCGCCAAUGCCUCAGUUCUCGCAGGCCGUCAAGUACGGCGGCAUGGUGUACUGUUCAGGAAACAUCGGCAGGGACCCGACGACCGGGAAGCUCGCAGAGGGUGGCGUGAAGCCCGAGGCUCGAAUAGCCAUCAAGAACCUGUCGGCGGUGCUCGAGGCAGCCGGCAGCAGUCUGAACAAUGUGGUCAAGGUCAACGUGUUCCUGAUGACGAUGGACGACUUUGUGAGCUUCAACGAGGCCUACGACGAGUUCUUCGACAGUGUUGAUCCCAAGCCGUGCCGGACUUGCGUCGCGGUGUACCAGCUGCCUAUGGGAGCGAAAAUGGAGAUGGAAUGUACCGCUUAUCUGAAUCCGGAAGCGAAGCUGUGA